AAAUAAAACUCUUUUAACACUAUUUUUCACAUGUUAAAUUUUUUUAAAGUGCAUUAGACUCAUUUUAAAAGAGUGUAUUUUAUAACUUUCCUAUAAUAUUUUAUCUCAAGUAGUCUUCUUCUUCUUCUUGAGUUGAAACUGAGUUUCAUAAAUGGAAGAACGUUCUCCUUUCAAAAAAGGUUCAACAGUUGAGGUUUCCAGUCUCGAAGAUGGCUUGCGCAACGCCUGGUUCCCCGCCACCGUUCUCCAACCACCAUUACUACCCACCAAGAAGAAAACCAAUCGCCGCUCAAACUCAAAGAUGACCGUCCAAUACAAACACAUCCUUGCCCAAGACGGCACCUUUCUUGUCGAACAAGUCCACACCUUCUUAGUCAGACCCAAUCCUCCUUCUCUUCCUGAUACCAAAAACCCUUUUCACCUAAACGACGUCGUUGAUGCAUUCCACGACGAAAUCUGGUGGACUGGUGUCGUCGUUGAUGUCCGAAAUGAUGAUGAUUAUAUUGUUAGAUUCAUUUUCCCACCUGAUGUUCUUUUCUGUAAACGCUCUCAGCUCCGACCUCAUUGGGAUUGGGCUGGUCGGAAAUGGCUACGCCCCCAAAAGCAGGAACUAAAGUAUUUAAAAUUCAGAUCAGGAACAGCUGUAGAAGUGAAUCUGGAUCCUGACAAAAUAAUCCCUGCAUGGAUGCCAGCAAUUGUGAUUGGGGAAAUUGAUGGUACAACUACUGUUGGGGUGAAGUGUAAGAGAAAUAUUAAAGAUGAUUGUGAGCAAGUUGUGGUAGUAGAAGGGGACAUGAUUAGAUCCCAACCUCCAGAAAUCAUUGAUGUUUUUGAUAAAGAUUUUGAGGUGGGUGAUAAGGUGGAUGCUCUUUGUGAUAUGGGUUGGUCAGUUGGAGUAGUCACUCAUCAAUUUCUUGUACCUAGAAAGUAUAUUGUUAAAUUUGCUCAUGGGAUGAAGACCAAGGAGAAGAUGUUUGAUCACAAUGAACUGCGUUAUCACUUCGAUUGGGGUGCUGAAAAUUGGGUUGGCAAAUCAGAGGAGAAGUUAUUAUCGACCCCGGUUUCAAAAAAAAGGAAAAUCUUAAAUGGAAGUCGAGGUUAUGCUACUCGAAAACGAACAUCUUGUUCAACUGCAGCUAAAGCUAAGGUGUCUAGAACACAGAAAAAUGACAAUAACAUUGCUAAAUCGAACCAAGCAGAAGAAACUGAGCCUCAAGGAGUAUCAGUCUUCGAGAACACGGGCAGUGUGGCUUCUUUGCAGGAUGGGGAUCAAAAUAAUACGAAUAUACAGCACCUGUCUCCUGACAAUGAUGUUGCUAAGUUAAACCAUAUAGAAGAACUUGACAAUUCGGGUAGGUUAGCAGAGCGACAAGAAUCACCACCAGCCUCAAGAAGCACCAGUCUAGAAGCACCAGCCUCCGAGAACACUUGCGGCUUGGCAUGCUCUUUUAAGGAGGGGGAUCAAAAUCAUAUGAAUAUGAAGGAUCAAUCUCCUAACAAUGAUAUUGCUAAACCAAACCAAAUAGAAGAACUUGAUGAUUCAGGCAAGUUAGCGGAAACUCAAGAAGCACCAGUCUUCGAGAACACUGGUAGUGCGGCCUCUUUUCAGGCUGCUAACGAUGAUGUUGCUAAAUCAAACCAAAUAGAAGAACUUGAUGAUUCAGGCAGGUUACCAGAAACUCAAGAAGCACCAGUCUUCGAGAACACCGGUAGUGCAGCCUCUUUUCAGGCUGCUAACGAUGAUGUUGCUAAAUCAAACCGAAUAGAAGAACUUGAUGAUUCAGGCAGGUUAGUAGAAACUCAAGGAGCACCAGUCUUCGAGAACACCAGUAGUGCGGCGUCUUUUCAGGAGAGGGAUCAAAAUGAUAAUAUUGGAGCCAUUUGUGAAAUAGACAGAAAUGGAGAACACCACGACGGUAACAAUGUACAACAAAGCUCUCAAAAUCUUCCUAUGGAGAAAAGAUCUGCAAUCUGGGAAUUUGUAGAUUCAUUAGAAGUGUUCAAAAAAUUACCACAGAAUCCUCAAGUUCAGUUUAUGGCAGCUGCCAAUGAUGUUGAGCUUCAAGUCAUAGCUUUGACUAGUAAGGUAAAGUUUGCAUACGUAAUUGACAUGAUCUCGAAAUUGAAUGAAGAAACUACUACAACCGAAACUGUUGAUUCCUUAAUAAAGCAAUUGAACAAAUUGCAAAAUAUGGGAUUUGAUGUUGAGUUGUUAAAGAAUUAUCUAAGUGAGUUUAAAAGACUCAAACUUGAGUUAAAAGAUGUUAAAACCCAACUCAUGGAAUAUAUUGGGUAUUAACACUACCAAAUGAGAAGUCAUUUUGAUUUUGAUCUGUAUUUUGUUUAAGUGUUAAGGAUGAAUGUAAAUUAUGUGUUUAUGAGAACUUUCUGUAGCUUUAUUUCAUAGCUAGGGUGUUUGUCUUUGUAGAUAUUGUAGUUAUUAGGCUUCUUCUAAGUAUAAUUAACAAGUUAAUUUUAAGUUUUAUGUUAAAUUAUAUUCCAUAAUAAUUGAUGGACUAA